AGAAUAGGUAGUACCGAAACUCCACUCGUUUGCUGAAGAAUAAGAAAAUGGAACAAGAACUCCAAUUAUCUGUUGAAACUGCAAUGGAGAGCAUACCAUCUUCUGUACAUGUUUCAAACCACGAUGAUAUCUCCACACCCGAGAUUGAAAGCACUGGAAUCGAAGAAAUCGACAAUGGUGAAUACUGGCCACUUUCUGGCAAACCCUAUGUUGAUAUAAUUCUCACAAAAACUACUGUCAAGCCCCACUAUGGCAUGUAUUUACCGAGAAAAAUGAACAAAGAGCUACCUGCUGCUGGAGCGCCAGCAGUUCUUACUUGUGGUCGAAAGAAGUGGGAUAUGUUCUACUAUUCUAAUAAUAACAAAUUUAGUGCUGAGUGGAAAAAAUUUGUGGAUGAUAAUGAUCUCAAGGUAGGGGAUGCACUUGUGUUUGAACUUUCAGAGUGCAGCACUAACAAAAUCCAUUUUAAAGUUCAGAUUCUCAGAGGUGAUUUCCCUUCUGAAUUGCUGCCUGAAGAUGAAGAGGGUGCAACUGAUGCCAACCCAAUAGAAUUAUAGGAAGUUGUAGGCUGUUUACAAAUAUUUGAAACCAUGUUUAGACGAUUAUAUUUUCUGUGAGCAUAGUGUUACUGUUCUGUUUGGCUUAAAAGAAUGACUUACUAUUUGUUAAUGUGGAUGUGUUUUCUCUA